GUAAGCUCGAUUACUCGCCGUAAGAAUCCGGACACUUCGAGGCUUUCUGUGCUUGUUGCGUAGAAGUUGAUUAGGUGCGUCGAGUAUCCCAGAGGGGUAUUCAGGUGCGAGUGGUCAAUACUAUUGCUGGGAAGGGUCUUACCGCGUACAAUAGCUCCAGGGUAAUUUCUGUGGUUUGGAAUUUGCUGACUGGGCAAAGUGCGGACUGAAGUACGGUUCUGACGGUUAAAUGGUGCUGUAGCAUCGCAGUGUUGGUGUGUGUGUGUGUGCGAUAGUGUGCGGGAGUUCUAGAAAGGUGACAUAGCUUAUGUUGAGGUUGAAGCACGUACGGUGAACUCCAGCUUGGUUCAGGUUUCAGGUGGCACCCUGAGCUCUUAGAUCGCGUCCAGUGUCGAAUUCUUGGUGAAGGUAGCUCUGCACCGGAGCAGUGGUAGUCUGGCCCGUCCAGCAACCAGCAACCGCGCUUUCGGGUGACAUCCACCAACUCCACCCCGACUCUCGCCGGUGGGUAGUUGCACACUUGGAGGAUCAUUGAAAAAUUCCACCGAAUAGUAUGGCUUCGGUCGCCGCUUGGUUGCCAUUCGCACGGGCGGCGGCCAUCGGCUGGGUGCCGAUAGCGUCCCAUCCGCUGCCGGCCCCACCGGUGUUCAAGGACCGGCUGCGCUCGGAGGACGAGAAGCUCAUCAUCAACGUGUCCGGGCGGCGGUUCGAAACGUGGCGCACGACGGUCGAAAAGUACCCGGACACACUGCUCGGCUCGAACGAGCGUGACUUCUUCUACGAUGAGGACAGCAAGGAAUACUUCUUUGACCGCGACCCGGACAUCUUCCGGCACAUUCUCAACUACUAUCGCACCGGCAAGCUCCACUACCCACGGCACGAAUGUCUGCUCAGCUACGACGAGGAGCUGGCAUUCUUUGGCAUCAUGCCGGACGUGAUCGGCGACUGCUGCUACGAGGACUAUCGCGAUCGAAAGCGCGAAAAUGCCGAGCGGCUGAUGGACGACAAGCUGUCGGAGAACAGCGACAACAACCUGCAGCAGCUGACCAACAUCAGACAACGGAUGUGGCGCGCCUUCGAGAAUCCGCAUACUUCCACUGCCGCGCUCGUGUUCUACUACGUCACGGGCUUCUUCAUUGCUGUAUCUGUGAUGGCGAACGUCGUCGAGACGGUGCCGUGCGGGGUGCGGCCGGGCCGUGCCGGUACGCUGUCCUGCGGCGAACGCUACAAAAUCGUCUUCUUCUGUCUGGACACGGCGUGCGUCAUGAUCUUUACCGCGGAGUAUCUGCUGCGGUUGUUCGCCGCACCGAACCGGUGCAAGUUUGUGCGCAGCGUGAUGAGCAUCAUCGAUGUGGUUGCGAUCCUGCCGUACUACAUCGGUCUCGGCAUCACCGACAACGACGAUGUGUCCGGCGCGUUCGUGACGCUCCGAGUGUUUCGCGUCUUCCGUAUCUUCAAGUUCUCGCGACACUCGCAAGGUUUGCGCAUUCUGGGCUACACGCUCAAAUCGUGCGCAUCCGAGCUCGGGUUCCUGGUGUUCUCCCUUGCCAUGGCCAUCAUCAUCUUCGCCACGGUCAUGUUCUACGCGGAGAAGAACGUGGACGGUACCAACUUUACCUCGAUUCCGGCCGCGUUCUGGUACACGAUCGUCACCAUGACCACGCUCGGCUACGGUGAUAUGGUGCCGGAAACGAUUGCCGGCAAGAUCGUCGGUGGCGUUUGCUCGCUGAGCGGUGUGCUGGUCAUCGCGCUACCUGUACCUGUAAUCGUGUCCAACUUCAGCCGCAUCUACCAUCAGAACCAGCGGGCGGACAAGCGGAAAGCACAGCGGAAAGCACGCCUUGCCCGAAUACGAAUAGCGAAAGCGGGCGCCAGUGCGGCGUUCGCGAGCAAGAAGAAGGCGGCCGAGUCGCGCCUAGCGGCGCAGGAGUCUGGCAUUGAACUGGACGACAACUACAACGAUGAAGACAUCUUUGAGCUACAGCAUCAUCAUCUGUUGCGAUGCUUGGAGAAGACUACGGACCGGGAGUUUGUCGAGCUAGAGACGCAGUACAAUGGACAGACGAAGCGGCCAGGAUCUCCGUCACCGAUGGCCAGUCCGUCACAUUCGGCCAACACGGCCACCGGGGCAACCGGGCUCCUGCAGUCCUGCUGCGGACGAUGCUGCUCGCAGCGAUAUCAGGACAACCGGGAGUCUGGAAGGAUCUCCUUCGAUGACACGGGAGUGGAGGAAGGGAAUGAAGGCAGAGGCGUAGGAAGAAGAGAAAGCAAUGGGGACUGUGAGCGUACGGGCACCAGUGCAGCCAAGUAAUGAACCAUAAAAUAAUGAUCCCUGAUGAACUACACCUCAGCGAAUCAAUGAUGCCAGGAGGACGAUAUUCCGCUACGGGAAAGGAAGAAAUCAUAAUAAACUGCGUGCACCAGCGUAGAGAAUAUCGUUCCCGACACACAGAGGCCCGCUCCAAAUCACCAAUGACGAAUGCGAUCAUGAUAAUCACUGGAAGCAUAUUGCACCAGAUCCAGAAUGAUCGAGGUAGCGCGCAUAUAACAACUGCCAACAAACUGGAUCCGGGGAUCGAAAGAAGGAUCGUCGCAGCCUACUGUUUAAGCUUUUUUGCAACAGCACAGCAUCAUCAACACAAAUUGAAAACGUAACCUGUCCCGUUGACAGUUCGUUCAUUCCAGCGCCAAUAUCACCACCAGGUGGAAAGUUUUGAGAAAGGGAGAUGAAGUCUGCAAUCAAAAAUCGACAACAAUGGAAAAUAUAGGACAAUUAUCGAACAACACUAUUCUGAAGGGAUACCACCACCAUAUGGUCAGUAGCGAUCAGGACACGCGAUCAGUUUAGGCAGACGAUGGGCAGGUUGGUUUUCGACCGUUCGUCCUUGGAUGUAAGGAGUUUGAAUUGUGAAAUCACGUAGGGGUCUCAAACCUCCGAUUGUUUGCGUAAGUUGAGCGGAUUUUUAGGAACAACUUUGCAAAACCCUGUUCUAGUUCGAGGCCACCAGACGGACACGUCUAAGACGGUACUGGCAAACGCUAAUGUUUAGCUGAGACACAACCCCAUGCUAGCAAUCGAUCUAGCCCACUACUUUAUCACAACUACUACGUAAAUUGUACAGUGUUAAUCCAUUUUCACAUCUCUAUCUCUUACAACACAAUAACACCCCCCCCCCCCCCCCACAAAACAACAGAACACUGAUUUAGCGAAGGAGAAGAAACAGCUCUAACAGAAAUGAAAACAGUACGAUAUAGUUGAACACUCCAGCUACAAAGCACUUGACAGACAAGUGAUGGACGCGAUAGAAAGCAUUAUUGCUGUAGUAUUGCUGAAAUGUUACUGUUAUAGCGAAAAUCGUAUCGUAUUUUCGGAUGUUUCUUUUUAAUACUUAUAUCGCUCCGGUAUUCGACUUUCGCCCGUACACUAAAAACACUGAAACACAAACACCCACAUACUGUCUCUUUGUUUCACACACACUCACUCUCCCUCUCUCUUUCGCUCUCUCGUUUGAGAGCUACUCUGUAGCAUAGUGAAGUGGAAAGGUGCGUGUUCGGGGAGAUGGUUAUGAAAAUGUUCUUCUAUCACUAUUACUACAUCUACUAUUGCUACUAUUACUACUACUACACCUACUACUACUGUUACUACUAGGAGAGAAGCGUAGCAUAAUUAAUGAUAGGCAUGGCCACACGGUAAGCCAGUAGGCCAACUCCAUGAACCCUUAGGAUAGCCGUUCAAUGAAAGUGAAGUGUAGCGAUAACGCAUAAGCAUAAUGUUAGCUGUUAGGGUUCCCUUACACAGUACGUUACAAGAUGGUAAAGCAGAUGGCAAGAACGGUAGUUUAAAAAAACUGAAAGUUUGAUGAAAAACGAAAACGAUAUAAAAGAAAAACAAAAAAAACACAACAAUAUAGCUUUAAACGAAUACAGAAAAAACAGAGCGAUUAACGAAUAUCUCGACUAACUGAAUGUUUAGGCAAACCCCGGAUGGCAUACAAUUACAAUAGUGCUCCCAAUUUUAAGCAGACCAACAUCCCGUCAAACUUUGCUGGAUAUCACAUAUCAAGUGUGAGGAAUACUGUAGUGUGGCCGGUAUUGGAUGCGACCAGUAGCGAGUUUGCGGUUGCACCAGUAGCAGGGAAUGUUUCUAAAUCACAAAGACAAGAUGGGGAGAUUAAGGAACACACUAGCAUAUUAUAGGGAAAGCGUGGAUGUGUGCGAAGGCACACAUUGGAAGGUUUUAGUUCCAAUGUCAUUACACCAAUGAUGAUUUCAUUUGCGUUUAGAGCGUAAUUCUAUGUUUUCGACCUAGAUACGCGAUGGUGUGCAGUGGAAGCUUUGAUUUGUAUAGUACACACACACGCGCGUAAGGAAGCAAUAAUUUUAGUAAAAGAGUAAAAAUCAAGCAGCCGGAAAAUGCAACAUUUUCUACAUACAACCAGUCGAUUUUAAACUAGUGAAACUGCACAAAGCGAUGCAGCCUGUUCGUUCGCAGAUAGCAUGUGGAAGACGAUGAUGUAAAUAAGAACACCAGACAGACACAAAGCUAACAAAUGAACCGUAGAUAUACCAAAACAAAAUCCAAAGUAAAUAAAUCAACUCGCCCUAUGCACCACAACCAUACGCAGGGCGGCAAAAACUACACCUUACUGCAGGUAUCCACUGUGUGUUUUAAGCUCCAUUGUAUGGGUAGGAGGCGAAAAUCAUAUACAUGUACGUGUACGCGUGUGUUUGCAAAUUGCAUCCGUAUUUCAGUUCCUUCAGGAUGUUUCCGCAGAACAAGCAACAGAACUAUAUUGUUAUGAAUGUCAAAACCAAAAUGGUCUAACACAAACAAAUCGAUUGUUCUUCAUUUCGAAUCGUUCGCAUUAAACCAAUCUUCCAGCUAGAUCUGUGAAUACUACUUUAAAGAGAUGAAGAAAAAAAUCUUAUAUUAUCGAGUAACGUGACGUGAUUGUUGUUUAUUGAUAAUGGAAUAAAAAAAUAAAAUAAAAAGGAGAAAAAAGAAUAAAACACAACCAAACACACUUGCAGUUUUAGAAUAAAUAAAUGGAAGACACAGAACGAGCGUGUGAUGGACAAAGGAAGUAAGAAAGGAACGAUAGAAAACGGAGAAAACGGAGAAAAAUCAAACAAGCAGAACGAAAAGUAAAUACACAAAAGUAUCUUAAUUAUACGUGAUGAGAAGAAAAUAAAAGCAGCAAAAAAAGAAGAAAAUGUAAAAAAGCAAACAAAACAAAGAGCGAACGAAAGUUAAUAAGAAGAAUAUAAAAAAAAAGAUUGAAUAUGUAAACGGCUUAGUGUAAGGAAACAAUUGUAAGGCUAAUAUCAAAUAUUGAUGGAUGUUAUAAACAUUAUUAUGAAACUUUUCAAUACAAAACGAAACCCAAAGGAAAACCUACUGCUUAGACGUAAUUGAGAUUAACUAGAAUAAAUGCUGAACGUCACGAAGGAAAAUCCUACGAAGCAUACAUUUAUACGCGUUGUUCAUUUUCAGGAUUGCAUAUUUGCACAUUGCAACAUACCAGCGUGUUAAACGUGGCGUAUUGAUCGCUUAAGAUCGUUUUCGGCUACCUGCUGGACAGAUCGUAUCGCAAUCCCCUGAACAGAGCUCCCCUUUUUGGUGUUGGGGCGUGAGUUUAGUUUUUCCCUUUGUCAAAAUUUAAAAUAAAAUUCGUUCAGCUACAGAUGAAUCGCAACCGGACUGGGUGGAAAAAAGUCAAACUUAUGAAGUAAUUGUAAGCGAACUAGGUGAUUCAUUGAACUCCGUUUAACAGUUGACCUGUAAUCAAUUAUUUAGUGCAGUGAACGUCAAGGUUACACUUAGCAAUUAGUCCAAUGGUAAUGGUAAUAAAAUCAAACUAAACCCAAACGAUGUCCAUUUGAUGCAGAUGGAGAUGGCAGACGAGAAAGCACAAGCGAGUGCAGGAGCAGGUGCAAAAUGCAAGGUUAAACCAUUAUUCUAAACCACACUACACGCAUACACAGGUGAACACUUGUAGGUGGAGUGGAAAAAUAACAGGAAGUUGAAAAUGAAUCGAAUAUGAAUGUUACAGAAUAAUACGUUGUUUGUGUAAAAGCAGAAAGUGUAAGACAUUUAGACGGACGUUCUUCAUAAAAGCAAACCGAAUACUUUAUGAAAAACUCUUUAACCCAAGAUCUGGCAGCAAAAUGCUCCCAGUCCAUUCGCCGGAGAGCUAGCUGUUCCAGCGAAACCGCACUCUAAUGGAAAUGAUGCCCAUGUUUUCGAUGGGCACGAACGACAGCGGACGUAAGCUAAGCAAAAUCCAAAUCGUAAUGAAUGAAUGUAUUAUAUUAAUAUUACUCGUGGUAAAAAGAAACAAACAAUCCAGCACAGUGGUAGCGCAAAUGGCAAAAUGGGUAGUUUCGUUCGUAACGUGAGAGGUCAACAAAAUCAUCCAAGUAGGCCAGGAUAACCGCCAUCUUGAAGUGACAUCGAAGAUCACAGCCAGUUACUAACAUUUUAAAAUGCAAUUUAUGGUCAACAAGAAAACAACAGAAAAUGGGGCAAUAAGAGCAAGGAGGCAAUGAGGUGAAGUACUAUGAGGAUUACUCACGAAUGCUAAACACUUCUACGGGCAGACGGAGUGGAUUUGUGACGUAAAUGGAGUGCUAAAAUUUCUUUUCCCAUACUUACGAUUGCUCGGUUCGGAUUCCACUUUCACUGUUCGAUGUGUGUAGGAGCUCCCCAUAAUGCGAUGUAAUAGCAUCGCCGUAACAACAUUUGUAGUAUACCUCUCUAUCUCUUGCAUUAGCAACACAGCAGCAAACUAAGUAACAAACGGAGAAUAAUACAGUAGAUUGUACUGGUGUUUAGCUUAGAGUGUGCUGGUAUAGCUUAGAAGAAACACAAACAAAAAUAAAGAAAAAUGAUUAGAGUUAAACAAAGAAAACAGAUGAUGAAAAAACAUCCAAACUCUCAGCAGAGCAAUACAGACAAAGAAACUAAAACCACAAAAUAGAGAAGAAAUAAUCAAAGCCAAGCCGAGUGUUGUGCAAGACAAUUAAAUGAAUGGUAGCAAUACAGUUCAAAAGACGAUAGAACAAAACAAAGAUAGAUAAACAAACAAACUUUUGCAAAGGAGCAGCGAACUCAUUGAUCUAUCUCUCUCUCGCUUGUCUAGCUCUGUUAGCCAUUUUCAUUUUGUUUGUGUUUAGUGGUGUGAAAAUGAUUUUAAAUGAGGGUGGAAUGGGUCAUAAUCACAACCCUUGCUCAAAGCUUUCGAUAAGCAUGUAGACAACAAAAUAAACAACAAACUCACAUUUUGUAUACGUACCAAUAGACGAAUAGUAACAAUAGUAACGGAGAGACGAGUUUUCACACCAGUUCAAUACCUUGGCUCGGGUUCGUUUGCUCUUAACCGAUCGCCAUCUUAGCUGAUCGUUUUCAAAGGUAAUUACCGACAUAUCUACUCUAACAGCUCGUUAGCAACGCCAUUUACUUCCGAAUCACAAUCCAUACUCCACUCCACAAGAACCCCUGCAUUCGUUCGAAUAGGAACGAACGUCAUACGGUAGUAAGCGGAACAAGAGCAUAACGCAAUACUGGCGCCGUACCUCUAGGGAAUAAUGAUAAAAAAUGUGAAAAAAAGGAAAGAAAAUUCUCCUACUCCUCCCCAUGAAUCCAAGCGUAGAUAGAAUGUUUUAAGCGGUAGUAAACAAGUAAUGUAAUGUACACGGAAACUAUCCCUACAAAAAAACUACCGAAAAUAAGCGAUUCACAUACAUAAACACGAUUACAAACCACCAAACACACACACACACUUUCGUAAACACUUGCUAAUAAGCAAGAAAACUGGACAAAGAUGGAAAAAGGACGAUUAAAAUCCAUGUUUGAAAAGCUAAGCAAAUAAAACAAGCAACAAAGAAUAACAAAACAUAAAAUACCAAUUAGAUUUAAUUACACACAUCUUUUGUAAUAAACGAAAUGAAAGCAAAAACAACUAGCGAAACCAUACUCAAACCGAUAACUGCCGGGACAAAGAGAAACAGAAAAAAAGCAAAGAAGAGACAGAGCAAGAGAGGGGGAGAAUCAAAUGAAAUGGGUUUGGAUUCGUUUGACGCCAUGUUGUUGAUGAUCCACCAUUUUGAGGUAUCGAUUUGGAUUGGAAAUGCGGUCAGCCAUCAGCACGAUGUAAACGCAGAAACUAACGAACCGGCUUGAGCAUAACGAAUUUACCUUCUCCACCAGAUGUAACACCAUACUCACACAUCCUUUCUUUUCUCCUUAUGUCUACUUACUUGAGCUUUUCUUUGCGCGCCAACAAAAGCUUUAUUUAAGCAAAGCUACAACCACAAUCAAAAUGUGUACAAUGGAAUCCGAGUGUGUGUGUAUGUGUGUGUUUGUGAAUGUGUAUGCUUUAACGAUAACGCAUAUCGUAAGCACUCUUGUGUAUCUUCGUGAUGCGGAAUGUAAACGAAAGCUCCACUUAAAAGCCAACGCACUAUGCGUUCCGUUCCGUGCGCUUUCCUUCCAUCGUCCAUAUGUUUUGUUAUGUUUUCUUUACUAAUUCUCGUUGCUACUCGUUGUCGUUUCGAACUACCACGUCGCCCUUUUUCCUUCUGUUAUUGGCUGUUUUAUCGGCCCCGCUGGUAUGAUGACGAAUGGUUUUGUACAUAGUAAUUUUAAUAGCUACACCAACAGCUCCUAUCUAUCGAACGAAACACAUGCUAAUAUAACGAAUAAUAAAAGGAAACAGAAAAACAAAAAAAAAACAUCCUUUUUCAUGUACAUAUUCUGUUUUUGAAUAGACCAAAACAAAUGAACAUAUAUAUAUUAUAUAUACAUUGACAGAUUCUUAGGUUAAAGUGGCGAGAUGUGUAUCGAAGUUGAAAGGGAUAAUAAAGUGUUGUA